AUGGCCUCCACCAUGCCUCAGCCAUCACGGCCCACCCCGACUUCGCCGGCCGCGCCUGUACCACCACUGCCAGUCCCAAAAUCAAGAAAGAGUCUUCCCGUUCCCUCUGACACGCCCAGAGCUCCAUCUCCGUCUCAAUCGCCAUCAAAACUUCGCACCCCCUCAAGUCCGCGACCGACCCUUAGCAAGUCCCCAUUAUCCAACUCCACUACCAACAUCAGUGCACCACGCUCAGCAUCAAGUAGUCGACCGCCAAGCAGUCCAGACAAAUCCCUGCGCAGAACUAUCAGUAUCGCAGCCUUUCCUCAGCCACCCAAGACAGGAAGCCGCCCUGGGACCGCUUCCUCAAAUAUGCCUGGUGUCAGUUCAUCCGGGAGCAUAAAAGUUAGAAAAGGCUCAAGGUUAAGUUCCGGUACAACUAGCAGCUAUCGGAGUUCAAAGACACCUUCUUUGUUGAAUGGUAACGGAGAUGGGAAAUCGAUUCUCAGUGCGGAUGCUCGAGACCCAGAUGCUUCUCCUUCACAAAGCCGAAGCUCCUCAGCUCAGGAAUCAUACUCGACGAGCGCAACCACGUACGAGGAGGCUGAUGACACUGCAGCAGGUGCUGCUAAGACCGGUGCGAAGUCCAAGGAAUCCAAAGGCAAUGUCAUUGUCAGUGUUCGAGUUCGCCCUGACGCUAGCGGAAAUGAUGCAUCGAGAUCGGAGUGGCAGCUGGAGGGGCGAAAAGGCCUUAUCUCGCAUAGAGGGAAGGAAGCUGGCGACUAUUAUUAUGAUAAUGUCUUUACUGCUCAUGAGCAUAACGCCAAGGUUUACGAUGCGGCUGCAAAACGCCUUGUAAGACGGGUUAUGGAAGGCUACCAUGGUACAGUUUUUGCUUAUGGUAUGACUGGAACCGGUAAAACCUUCUCUAUGCAAGGAACCGCUACCUCUCCGGGUGUCAUCCCGUUGGCAAUUACGGAUAUAUUCUCCUUCAUCAGAGAAACGCCACAUCGAGAAUUUCUGCUACGUGUCAGCUACCUGGAAAUCUAUAACGAAAAGAUCCAUGACCUACUUUCAGCCCCUGCUGCCGGUGCUCAGCAAGAGGAUAUCAAACUACGCGAGGAUAGCAAACGUGGGGUAUACGCAACACCAUUAAAGGAGGAGAUUGUUCAGAGUCCGACGCAACUCCUACGUGUCAUCGCAAGAGGUGACCAUUCCAGGAGAACCGGCAGCACCCAAUUCAAUGCACGCAGUUCUCGUAGUCACGCGGUUGUUCAGAUUGUCGUUGAAAGCAGAGAACGAGCGCCCGCCGGUACGCCUCAGGACAAGCGGUCGGGUAUAAUCCCAGGUGGAGUAAGAGUGUCGACUCUCAGCUUGAUUGAUCUGGCCGGCUCGGAGCGUGCUGCGGAUGACAAAGAGCGCCGCACGGAAGGUGCCCAUAUCAACAAAAGCUUGCUCACUCUGGGUACUAUCAUCUCAAGGCUAUCAGAAAACAAGGAUAAGAACGGCAAUCCUAUCGAUAAAGAAGGUAGACACCUACCAUAUCGGGAUAGCAAAUUGACGAGGCUGCUGCAACCUGCCUUGUCGGGCAAUUCGCUGGUUAGCAUUCUUUGUACUGUUGCAUUGAUCGCCUCAGGAAGCUCUGCUGCUGCCAAUUCACAUUCGGGGGAAACUCUCAAUACUCUCAAGUUCGCCGCUCGCGCCAAAAACAGCAUUGUCAGCCAUGCGAAAAAGGCAGAGGAAGCGCUCGGUAGUGGUGGUAGUGAUUCAGGUAGCCGGGUCCUUUUAGAACGUUACCGGAUGGAAAUCCAAGCCCUUCGUUCUCAGCUGGAUAGCCAUACCAAAGCGCAGGCCGAAAAGGAGAUGAAAUUGGAAGAUGAGCAGUUCGAAAAAGAAGCGCAGACACGCCACGAGGAACAGAUGCUGGAGAUACAACUAGCACGGACAGCACUGAAGGAAAGAAUCGAGCAUCUCAACCGUUUGAUUUUGUGUUCAAAAUCCACCGGGGUAAACACCCAGGGUAAUUUCUCCGCCUUGGGGCGGUUUUCGAGGAUGUCUAUCAAUGAUUCCGGGUCUCGAUCACUGCGUUCUUCUGUCAGCCAAUCCACCUUGGGCGCGUGGGGAUAUUCUAUCAGGCCCACUUCUUUUAUGUCUAUCAAUAGCAAUGAUUUCUCCCCCAAUAUGGCGCUCUCCAAUGGAUCCAUCGGAAAUGAGGAUGAUGACGAUACAAUGGGCGAGUUUGCAGACGGGAAGGCGAGCCUUCAGAGACAUGUUGUUACGCUGCAGGCUGAUCUUGGAGACAAGAAUCGCUAUAUCGCCACACUUGAGAGACGUCUGCUGCAAGCUAGGCGUUCAAGCCAUUCUCGGAUGUCAGCAGGUAUGAAGGCUGGCAAUACUGGAACCGAAAACACCGAUACCGAUACAGCGGCCAUUAUCCGAGAGAAGGAUAUGGAAAUCAACGAACUUCGUUCACAGCUCGAUGACAAGGACCGGAUGCUUGCUGCCCUUCGUUCGGCAACUCGACAUCGAGAUGUGGCUCGUGUAGCUACCGAUCCGGUCCAAACUCCAAAUAGCGACACGAAUAGUGGUUCAAAAUCACCUGAAAUGCUGAAUAGUCCGCGUUUGUCGCUCGUGGAAAGUGAAAAGGAGAAGAAAAGGAAGAGUGUGGACGAGGUAUCAAAGAUGCUGGAUGAGAUGAUUCAAGAUCGGGUGGAAAGCGGCCAUAUCAUUAAGGGCUCGCGUGGGAGUGUCCGUGUGGCUGCUGACAGUCGACGAACUUCUACGCAGAUGACGGGAGUUCCCAUUCUGAACGCUACCUUGGAUCCAGUUGAUUCUGCAAAGAAUGGUGUAACUGAGUAA